AUAAACACAUACGCGUAUUUAGACAUAAACGAGAGUUAGCUCCCUUUACACAGCAAACUGCAUAUACUGUGAACAUGUCAGUGAAGUAGCUGGGUCCAUUUAGUUACUACAUUUCAACAAAAUGGGGGAUGAAGCAGCUAAAAAUGUGGUGGAACCAGCCUACUUGUGUGAUGAGAAGAAGAAGGAUGGGUUUGUCCAUGUGAUUGUCAGUGCUAAGGAUCUGAAAACCAGCAGAACACUGAAGGGGAUCAAAAUCAUCAAAAAGGCAGAAAACGCAGAAGUUAAUGCAACAUUUGAAGAAAGAUCAUUUGAUCUCACAGUGAAAGGGAAGGACAGUGGAAAACUAAAAUUACAGGUUGAAGAUGGCAGAGUAAUACUUUAUCUGAAUAAACUGGAAAAUAAAUCCUGGUAUCCAGAAUUAGAAUCGGGGCUGGAGACUGAAGAAGAGGAAGGUUAGAUCUGUAUCAGGUCCAAAAUUUGAAGAAAAUAAACCUCUGUUCUAAGUCAUCUAGUAACUGACGGUGAAUUAAGACUGUUAAAAUGGACAUUGACUUGUUAGAACAUGCUUAUCUUCCACUGCCUUUAGUUCCUUGUUUCAAUGUUUUAUACUAUUGUUUUUGGUUUUAUUAAUAUCAACUUAUGAAAUGGUUAUAAAUAUGAUAUUAUAUUAAUGUUGCUGCUGUUUAUAGUCACUGUACCAGUAUUUUAUGCUGUUAAGAGGUUGUCUUUAAAAAAAAAUGUUUUACAUGUACAUGUAUCUACAUUUGUUAGUUGUUCUUAAAGGUUGUUGAAAAUUUAUGACUUGGUUACUAAAGAUGAGACUUCAAAGAUGUUUGUAUUUUUCUUUUAAAUUGUACCAAGGAUAUAUAAUAGUCAUCUGUUUCUGUAAUGUUUUUGAAUUCAAAUGUUAUAUACUACAUACAGAGAGAUUUUCAUUCCUUUUACAGUCAUCUCAAGUGAGCAAAUUUAAAAUGGGGCAAGCUAAAAAAAGGUGAACUCUUUAAUACAACUGUGUGUGGACAAAUUUAAAAUGAGGCAAACUCAUCUGCAGGUAUGAAAGGGCAAAAUAACAAGGAGCAAAUUAAUCAUCCAUGCAGUUUUUAUAAUUUGUUUUGAAUUCUAGCUCUUCAUGUAAAUACACAUUUCCUAGACUCCACUAUAUGAAUUACACAUAUAAACUCAAGAAAUUGUUUUGAUAAUUCUCUGUAUCAAAUUGAAUGAUGUUCUUAUCAAGCAAACAACACCUUGUAUGAUGAUGUCUUUGCUACCAUCAGAAAUUUGUUUACAAGUUUUGUUGUAAAUUAAUGCUGAAGUAAUUUUGUUUUAUGUUGUACAAGACUACAGCAUUUUUAGCUCAUUUAAGCCACUCAAAUGAGAUUUUUGUCAGAACAAACUUUGAUCUGCAUUAUUCUAGCUAACUGGUUUAAAUUUCAUCUCUGGUUUAUGAGGUCUUCAGUAUUAGCAAAGUUAUUUACAUAAGUUGGGUGGCCAAAGGGUAUUCUUUUACUUUUUGAUACUUUUUUUUAAUUUUGCAAGAAAAUAUUUUAUAAUUACAUAUAUAAGAAGUGCAAUAAAGUAUCAAGUAGUUUCAA